AACCACGUGGGCUGCUCCGAAAGAGGAGGAGGUGGGAGAGGAGGGGGGGAGCUGCUCGCCUCUACCGGCCUUAAUGUCUUAUAACGUCCGUCUGAACCUCCAGCGUCUCCUUCCAGCGGUGGGGAGCUUGGUGGUGCGAAGGGAGCGGGGAUGUUCUUUGCUUUGUGCUGGUCUUGCUCUGGUGUGCUUGGGUUUUACUCCUUUCCUCUCGUCGUCUUUUCCUUUCUCGCACCGAGACGCGUUCAGUCUCACUCUCCUUUGUCUUCUUCUCUGCUUUGGACUCGGAUAGCUGGUUGGGCACGUUGAAAGCCAAGACAUGUCAGCGAUGUGUUUGUAGGAAGGCAGGAGGAGCAGGGAGAGGAGACGGGCUGACAGUGAGAUGGGCGAGCCAUUAGUUCAGCUGCUGCUUGCAGGCAACUCGGUGAUUUCUUAGCUGUGCUCCGUCCAGCGCCGUGUUCCCCUGUGCUGUGGGUGUCACCAUGAGCAGCUUUACCUGGGCUCUAGAAUGGAGUGGUGCCACAGGGUGCAGGCACCCAACAAAGAUGUGCCAGGUGAUGCGCCGGGGGCUCUGCACUGCUCUCCAUCGGGUACCCCUGCACCCCAAGGGGACCGUGGCCGAGCAGCAGGCGGUGCAGAAUGACUGCUACUGGGGAUGCUGGGGGGCAGAACGAGGAGGGCUGGGCUCUGAUCUCCUCCAGUGAGCCGUGGCACCGCGUUUGGCACCUCACAUCUCUGCCGUGUCGGGGAACCGGGAUGAUCUUCCACUAACCGAGAGCUUGGAGGCAAUUUAGGGAUUGUCAGUGGACCACGAAACCUCUUUCAAGAGAUGCAUGCAAUAAAUGGAGUUCAAUCUAGUGAGCAGCCUCGCCUCGGGAGUGAAAAAAAAACCAACAACGCAGAAGGCUGAUGCAAAAAAAAAAACCUGCAGCAGCCAUCCCCUCCUUCCUACCCAUCCCACCCCAGCAUCCUUCAUCCCAGCCCCAGGGAGGAGGAGUGGGGCUGGGUCAGCCCCUGGCCAGGAGGCGAUUCAUUCAGGAGGAGAAGGCUGAAUGGUGCUCUUGGAGUUAUAGCGCAUUAAAGAGAUUGAUAAGUAGGAAUUUAAUAUUUUAUUCCCGCAAUCUGUUCCUGUAAUAGCUUCUCCUGCCUUGCAGGACCUUUGUCAGUUGCAAGCAAGCCAUGUAGUGUGACAUGUAACUAUUUAUUAUGGGCGGCUGGGCAACAUUAUAAAAGGCAGUGGGUAUGGACUGCCUGGGUCUGCAUGCUCAUGCGUGGCAGCCCUGCACAGAGAGGAGGUCACGAGCACGCACACAGCUGUGUGUGUCCCCUAUCUGCAUCUUUCCCAGCAUGCAAAUGCCCCCUCAAAGCUGCAUGCCCGCAUGGGAACGCCCUGCUGCACAGCCAUGCAUGCAUACACGAGCACUGGUGCAUUGGCAUGCGUGAAUAUACGUGCACCAAUGGAGACGUGCUUGCGUGCAGCAGUGUACGUGCAUCCCCUGGUCCUUAGGCACACGCGUACACAUCGGCCCUGCACACAUGGGCAGCUCUGCAGCUUUAGCCUUGGCUGCAGGAUGGGGGAGAGGCGGCUACAGGAGCUCCCCCCACUCUGCUUGGCUCGCGGCAGGGAGUUAUUUACACAGCGCCAGCAAUGCCAGCACAGCAAGGUCACCGUGCACAGCCCGCGGGGUUGUGACGGCUCUGAGCACGAGGGGGAGAGCGCAGAGCACAGGGUUCCAUCCCCAGCAGCUGCAUCCCCAGCCUGGCUAGGGGCUGCCCCAGUGGGGAGGCUGUUUGGGGGCUGAAGGCAGACAGGGGGGUGAGGGGGGGAAGGGGCUCUGCCUGCUGCCGAUCUGGCGGAUGGCGGCGAGCAACGUCGGGUGCAGCCCGUCCCAUCCGGUGGCAUCUGUGCCAAGUGCCCCGCGGGAGCAGUGCCUGAUGGACAGGCGAUAGGUGACCUGACUGAGAGAUUAAAGCCUAAGAGACGUUUGGCAUCCGGCCCGAAAGCCGUCACGCUCUGACACACCCGCAGCAGCUGCUGAACUCCUGCAUCGGUUGCCAGAGGUUUUUCCACCCCUGUGCCUCCUUCCCCAUCCUGCUCCAGCGCAGGAAUCCUCCAGCUGGGAGGAAAGCUGGACCCCCUGGAGCACGAGAUGGGCGUGCACGAGGGCUGCUGGGAGGGAGAGAGCAGCAAUGCUGGCAGGCUCUGAAACGACAGCCCCGUCUGCCGCUAUCUCCUAGCUUGACUCAUGCACGGGUCUGCCAAACAGAAGGGUCAAAGUCCAGCAGUGCUUGGGUGUGGAUGGUGGAAAAGCUGCCGUCUGCAACCUGUCUCCUAAAAGACAUAAAAUGCAACGAUCCCCGCCGUGUUUGCUGACGGCAUCCGGGAACUGGGAGCUCUCAGGUUCCUGCUCCCCAUCCUGCUGUGCUGCAGCAGGUGCUUGGCUUGGCCAGGCAGGAGGAAACCAGAGCUCCACGCAGGGAGCAGCUCGGGCUGACACAUGUCCCAGCAGUACCCUCUCAUGGAGUUUGACAUCUUCCUCAAUGCCUCUGGCUCCAGUGAGAGUCUCGGCUGGUGCUGGCUCUUUCCUCGGCCCUUAGGAUUGAAGGAAAGAAGAUAAAAAUGGGACUUCAACAGAAAAUGGGCCCACAAAAGCAGGACCUUUAAGAUAUCUCAGCAGAGCGACAAGCAGGAGGGCUUUUAAAAGCUGCUUUCCUGCGUAUCAUAGGAAGCUUAUUGGGUGUCUAAAAAUACAGGUUUUUUUCUGAACUAGGCCUUUCCUGCCCUUGGGAGCAGCUCCUGCCCCUGGGGUUCUCUGAUGUCUAAUGAGAUUUAGGUCCCACCUCUGCCAGGGCUCUCUCCAAGAGCUCUAUUAGGGAUAAUUUUGGCUCCUUUUCAGCGCUGAAACUGGCCACCACGUUCAAAAAGCCCCAGAGGAGGGACUGAGGGACAGGCGGCACCAUUUGCAUAGGUCUCAUUUUCCAUCAGAAACCAGCCAUGAAAAGCAAGAUGGGGCUUUAACGCACGGAGUUUUGAAGCCACCCUUGCGAUGGGCACGGCAUCUUCGUCUCCCCAGGGCCGGCACUGCCGCACCCUUGGGUGCUGCCGGACCCGCUCCCUAUUUCCAUGGGCUCAAAGCAAAGCUCAGGGCUGUCCCUUGUCACUGGGCUCCCAGCUGCUGCCCGGAGCUGGCACGGGGACAGGAAGCCGGGCUGAAUGCAACAGCUGGCAGAGCGGGCAGCGGGCAGCUAGCGUCGCUGCUCUAAUUCCUAUUCAUGCAGCACUCCCUGUUUUUACGAGGGGGAGGCUUUUUGUGCUGGCAUUAAAGCCUGGCUUGUUCCCCCUCCCUGUGCUCUGCUGCUGUCUCCUGUUUCUCCCGUCCGCUUUUCACAGCGGCUUUAAUUCUCCCCGGACUCUUCCUAAUGGAUUUUUCACGUGGGGCCCCCAGCACGCUCAGAGGCAGCGCACUCUGAGCUUCCAAAAAUUUCACGCACCCCUCGAGCACAAAAAGGGGCUCCUUUUCCCACACUUCCCCACCCCCCCACACCCAGGCCACGCUCACGUCCCUCUUUACACCGCAGACACAAAAGCGGGUGGGUGGGCGACAGCGCUGCGAGCCGGACCCGUGCUAACGCCGGGCAGGGUGCGGCUGUGCCAGCAUCGAGCGGUGCCUGGUGCCCCGCAGCUCCCCCCGCCUGCCCUCGCCCCGGGCCCCGCUUCGGUGCCGAGCUCUCCCCCAUCCGCGCUCGGAGGACGCGGGGAUGGGCAGCCGCGGUCUGCACCGCCCUCCAGCGGCUGUGGCACGCGUCCCCUCCCCGCCCCCCGAGCCGCCCAGCCUUCCUUUACCCCAUCUGCACCUCUUUCCCACCCCCACCCCCCUCCCUCCUUCCCCCAUUCCUUGCAGCCCCAUUGCCAGGCGGUGGGUGAAGGGGGGAAGAGCCGUUUGGGAGGGGUUGGGCUUGCCGUCUUGCUUGUCCCAUCCUCUCAUCCCGCAGUUUGGGUUUGGUUUUCCCCCAUGUCGUGGGAGGAGGAGGGUGGGGAUGGGGUCUGAAUAGAAGAUAGGUCCUUUCCCUCACGAUGUGGGAGGUGUGGUGGUGGUGGUGUCCGCAGUGCCGGGGGGUGGCAUGGAGGUGGGCGUUAUUGUGCUGGGAGGGGUGUGGCAUGAAGGGCAGGAGAAACUAAACGUGUAUGGGAAAGGUAGAAAAACAUCCUCUUGUCAUUUCAUGCCUCUGAGCUGGGCUCCUAGUGGGGCUUGGAAUGGGAAAGUGGGCCAAGCUCCUUCUGGAGGCGUGCACAGCCUUCCCCUCUGGGGAUGUCCACUUUCCAGAGCUGGGAGGCAGAGGGGAUCAGCGUGGCUUUAAGGACCCUGUGCACGCCCUAUCUGAGGCUCUUCAAGGUGGGGGCAUGUGCACAAAACCAGCCUUGCUGUUGGGAAACGCCAGGUAGGAAGAGGCUUCAGAUCAAAGCGGUGGGCUGGGAAAACACCAAGGACAUAUCCAGCUUGCUGCUCGAACCCUGCACCCCUCCAGGUGAGCCCUUGCUCUGUGCAUGGCUUUGGGACUGCAGGGCUGCAGGGCUGGGCUGGGAGCUGGCCCGGAUCGAGGCGGGCGCUGUGUGGAUGCGUGUGUGGCUGAAGCUGAGCAGCGCUACCAGGGGACGGACGUGACAUUCCUCGCUGUCUCUGCAAAGAGGUUUUGCAUUAACCAGCUGGCUAUGACAAGCCUUCUGUUGAAGCAACAUGUGGUUUUGGCUUCCCGGAUCCCAAGCCCGGCUCCCUGCUCUGAAAUGCAUGCCCUCGCUCCUGCUCUUUGGAAGGAGUUGCUGCCUCCUGCCUUCGCAGUGCCUCUGUCCUUGUGCUGGCUGCAGCAGGGAGCCCUCCAGCUGCCUGCCCCCCAGCCCUGCUGCCCGCCGUGCUGCUCUGUGCGCCUUGCAGGCUCACGAGGCUUUGCUCUGCAGCAGCCAUGGUGCUGUUGUUGGGACGUCUCAGGCAAGGCAGGAGUGAAGCAGCUCUCAGGCACGAGCAAAACGCUUCUGCCAAAAAGAUCAGGCCGGUGGCUGCUCGAACUCAGAACCUUUGUCCAAACGCUGCAGCUGUUUCUGGAACUGCCUGUACCCAGGGGAAGCUCUUUUCCCCUCUCUUCCUUAGCAGCUGGGCUAAGUGUGAUGUAGGGAAGCCCAUCCCCUGCACUGCCCUCGUUUGUCCAGGAUUUCCUGCCCUAGUGCAGAAACUUGGCUGGAACAGGACACAUUCCCACCGGCUCACGCAGAGGGGACAGAAAGCAGACACUGCCUUGUUUCCCUUUGGACUCUGCUUCCUUUCAUGCUUCUCACCCAUCCUGGCUGCCCUCCUGGGAGGCUGUGCUCACAUGGCUUGUCCUGUCCUCGGGGUGAAAGCUGGGGGCCAGGAGGCUGCAGAGCAGCAAUGACAGCUCUGAGCAGGAUGGCCCUGGGCACCCUCCUUGGCAAUGCUGGCGGAUGCCAAGGGGCAUUAAUCUGGCAUCUGCUCGCCAAACUCAGAGGCAGGUGAAGGACUGAGGCAGCCCAAUGCCUCCUGGACACUGACACUCAAUGGGCAGUUGGACAGAGAAAGCUGAGUCUGGCCAGGGGCUGUAACCAUGCCAAGACAGUGCUGAGAGGGUUGAUUUAAAUCCUGGAUCAAACUUUAUCUGUGCCAAAACCCGUGUGUCAAACUGCAAGAAAGAGAAGAGAGCGCCUUUCCCACUUCUUUUCUUCUUCUCCUUUGGGUUAUUUAUAUAGAUAUAAACAGGUCACGGUCUCUGUAGGAAUGAGAUUAGUGUGAGCGGUGGCACUGUGGGUCGGGGUCAGGAUGGGGCGGGAUGCUGAGGAGGGGAUGCGAAGCGUCGUGGCCGUUGGGUGGGCACAGGAGCAUCCCGGGGCCGUCGAUACGCGCUGGCAAACUGGACCCGAAAUGGUGGAGCAUCAACCAGACUGCACCCAGACUGGUGGUGCUGGGCGCGUGGGAUCCGAGCGCGUCCGGGUAGGGUGGGAAGGACACUCCGCUUCCAGCUGCCGGGCUCCUGCAUGCGGCUCACUGAGCUUGGCACCGAGCUCCCGCGCGCUCACCCUGCCAGGACGCACCCUUCUCCCCUUUCCCUGGUUUUUCCCUUCCCUGUUCCUUACCCUCAUCUUCCCACCCCCUCACCCCCCCCACCCCCACCGAAAAAAAGAAAA